UCCACCUCUGGAGGUGAAGUGAGAGUGAUGCCAUCAAUGCACAUUAAUUGAAAACCACUCUAGUGUGAACAUUAAUGGCAUCGAUGUCCAUGCCCAUUACUUGUGCCAGUGUGAAAAGGCCUUAAGUUGUACUAGUAAACUGUUGUCAGCUGCAUUUGUGUCUAAUCAUCAGCAGUAUCUUGCUGGCGCUGUGUAAUCUUAUCUUAGCUGUAUCUUGUAUAUAUUUGUGUAGCUGUAUCUGCCUUUAGAAAGCCUGUACUACUGUAUAUUUUUGGUAUACUACUGUAUAUUCUUGGUAUACUAGUUCCUGUAUUACUGUGUCUGGUACUAGCAGCAUGUACAUACUGCUAAGUGGGUUCCUAUAGUACAUGCAUGUAAUUCCACGCGCAUGCGUAUGGCUGCACACGUGUUAUCUUACACGUACCACACGACACGUUCACUGUUCAAAAGUUCAGCUGCAUUGGAGUACUGUUGCGGGGAAAUAGCCUGAAAGAUUCCUCAACUUUGAAGGAGUAAAUCAAGUGAUGGAUGUUCGAAGCAUUCAGUCAAGAAAAGGUCGUCAUUACUUGAUCGAAUUCGGGAUCGACAAAGAUCUAGCAGUUGUCUCAGAAGAUGCGUUAGUAGGCUGUGCCUCUUGUAGCCAUCAAGCUGGAGAGAAGGCGGAAGUGUAUGUGAUAGAUAAAGGGGAUGAGAAGGAUGUGGAGCAAAAUGAGAAUGAGUUAGACAGCUAUGAAGAGUUGGGGCCUCCUUCUAAGAAGCAAAAGAAGGAAACUGAUGCUGAGUGUAGUAGUAAAGAGAUUAAGAUAAAGAAGAGCAAGAAAAAACAGCAAACUAGUCCUGAUGAGGAUUUUGAUGUAAUUUAUCCUGAUCUACCGAGUAAUGUCACUGCAAGUGAAGCGAAUGACGAUGUUACUAUUACAAAAGUAGUCCAAGCGAGCAAAAACAAAUGUAGCAGUCGUCACACUUCUGGUAGUCACUCACAUGGUAAAGCGUCCACCAGUAUGCCACAUAAAGCAGUUGAUCCUCGUUCUGUGCUUAAAGACUAUUGCUCCAGCAUUGACAACAUCAAAGCCAGGCUUGACAAAAUUGAGGAUUUCUUGUCCCUUUACUUUGGGUACGAGAAAGAUGAUAAUAAUAGCCUCCCAGUCCAGCUUCCUUCUGUAUCAAAUCCACCUCAGUCAUCAUUGGCUUCACGUUUCAUGGUACCUUCUCUUACAGACCAGUUCCUUGGCUCUCCUCUUUUUAACAAUAUAAAUCCUCCUACUCUCGCACAGCAAUCUAGUGGUUCUUCUGUCAAUCGUACAAAGCCUGGAUCCUCUCUUAAUUAUAUACAGGCUCGCCCUAUACAGCAAUCCAGUCUUACCCAAUCUCAUGCAAGCCCUCUUACACAGAAGUUUACUGGUGCUUAUACUCAUAAUAAUAUACAGCCCCUUACAGUUCAACAGCCAAUGGUCACUCCUCAGUCUUAUAUUCAGGCUCCUAAACACCCCAUGCCUCUACCUCUAUCCCAGCGACCUCCAUUUCAUGUUCUUGGUCGUUCAUUAAAGCCUAACCUGCUCUUGUUGAAGGAGCAAAGUGUCUCUAGGUGUAACUUUGCAAAGAGGCUACUGGCGACCCUCAUACCAGAGGACGAGUGGAUAACGCUAAAUGUGAGCGGAACGAGAGGAAAGAGGCAGAUUAACCCUCGAAUCAUUGACUAUGUCAAACUCUCUACUUUCUCUAUGUAUCCUCUUGGAGUUGGGGAGGAUAUGGAGGAGGCGUGGAGGGUAUGCAUCAAAGCUAUUGAUGCUGGAGCCAGAGCCAUCGCUAAGAAGAAAAGAGAGUCAAUGCAGACCAUGUAUAAAGGAGAUGUACGCCUAUUCACUUGUUAAAAGAGAUUAUUUAAAACUGCACACAUAUAUUUACCUUCACGUAUGUGUGGGUUAAGUUCUCUUUACAUUUAGUUCUAGUUAAGCACGGACCUCAAUCAAAGGCUCUUACAUAUAUUACUAUUAGUGCAAGCACAUCUUUUCUUUAUUUUACAACUACACACUUACGUGUACUAGUAUUUACCUUUAAAAUACAUGAGUAAAAGUGGUUUGAUUCUUUUAAAAAACAAAUAAUAAUGUUUACAGGCACUUGUGGUCAUCAUCAUGUA